AGUGCUGAACAAUGAUGGAACACAUUAAAUAAGAAAUAGACAGGGAGGAUUAUAAUAAAAUGACAAAAUUAUAAUAAAAAAAUCAACAUAUUACAGUUUAUAUAUAAUAUUUAUAUUUAUAAUUGUUGAUUUAACGUUAUGUCCUCAGCGCAGAGAGUGAAUACAUGGGAAAUAUCAGAUUCAGAGAACGAGGCUGAAGAAGAUAAACCAUCAUCAUGUGUAAAACUCAAACAAAACACCUCUGCAGAUGAAUCAAAGAUUGAACACAGCAGCUCCGGGAGGAAGAGGAGGAAGAAGCGGCCGGAGGAGCAGCAGGACACGAAGAGAACUGCCAAAGAGAAGCUGAAAGAGGAAAAAGAGAAGCUGAGAGAGGAGAAAAAUAAGCUGAAAGAGAAGCUGAAAGAGGAGAAGCUACAAGACAGGCAGAGGAGGAAAGAUGCGGCGGUGAAACUGAACCUGUUAAAACCUGAAAAUCUCAUCAAGAGUCUGACGGUCCACAUUCACGCCGUCCUGUUGCGGGAUCGAGGCUGUGAUGUGCUGCUCAGGACUCUGGAUGGCCUGCAGUGGAGAAACCGUAUAGAUAAUGAAGGUCUUCCCAACAGCAUCAGCUGGACUCGACAAGCCCUUCAGACUGAGGAUGAGGAGAAACAUGAAGUUAUUGAAGAAGAUCAGAUUCUGAUGGUGAUUUCCUCUGAUGAACUUGAGGACAUGCUGAGGUCACAUAAAACAGUGAACAAUCUGUUGAUUCCUAUUGGUGAAGUUCAUGAGGGGGCGGAGUCUCUGUUGCAGCAUCUCUACAAUUCCAUGAACAGAACUGAGGGAAAAGUUGUCACAAUUCUAGUGAUCAGUCAUCAGCGACGAUCAGCAUCAUGGGAUGAAGAUGAGCUUGAUUUUCACCUGAAUGAGCAUCAUAUGGACACAGAAGAGCUGUUGGUUCACCUGCAGCUCUACUGGAAUAUAACCGUUCACUUCCUGUCCAGCUGGCAGGAAGUGACCAAUCAUGUGGUCGCAGUUACCAAAGCUUUAUCAAAGAGACCGUACAAGGCGUUGUGUGUUGAUCCUGAUCUGGGUUUCUGCAUGGACGGCUCGUGGUCAGCUGGUGUGCGUGUGGACAGAGAUGGCCGCGGACUCGCUCAGGUGUGGACGAGGCAAAUACAGCAGCUGAACCGCGUCAGUGCAGCCGUGGCUAAAACCGUGACCAGCGCCUUCCCUUCACCAUCACUCCUGCUGCAGGCCUAUGAAGAGCUGCCAUCGGGGGAGGAGCCACGCAAGCUAUUGGCUGAUCUCACUGUGGUGGGCGGAGUCAACGAAAGGCGUGUCGGUCCGGAGCUCGCUGGCCGAAUACAUCGUCUUCUCACAUCGCAGAAUCCUCAGCUCCUGCUGGAUUAAGGCACCAAUCAUGGAAGAAAAUCUAACUUUGCACUUUAACAAUCAUCUGUUGAGCUGCAUCCCAAUCAUCACUAAUACUGCAGAAGACCUACUGGAACCUGCAUGGAGCCAAGAUUCUCAUAGAAAUCAGUCAGGUUUGGUGAAGGAAAAAUCCUGGUUUAGGGUUACAUUCAGUAUGGGGGCGUGCGAGAGAUCUGCAGAGUGGAUGGCAACAUCAACAGCCUGAGGUAUCAAGACAUUUGUGCUGCCCAUUACAUUACAAACCACAGGAGAGGGCAAAUUCUUCAGCAGGAUAGCGCUCCUUCUCAUACUUCAGCCUCCACAUAAAAGCUCCUGAAGACGAAGGUCAAGGUGCUCCAGGAUUGGACAGCCCAGUCACCAGACAUGAACAUUAUUGAGUUGGGAUAAGAUGGAGGAGGCAUUGAAGAAGAAUCCAGAGGAUCUUGAUGAACUCUGGGAGUCCUGCAAGAAGGCUUUCUUUGCCAUUCCAGAUGACUUUAUUAAUCAGUGAUUUGAGUCAUUGCAGAGAUGUAUGGAUGCAGUCCUCCAAGCUCAUGAUGGAGUCAGACACAAUAUUCAUUCUGUUUCCACUGCAGCAUGACCACAUAUUCUAUACUGGACAUUAUUUCUGUUAAAUGACAAGACUUUUGUCUAAGCAAAGUCAGAUCUUACUGUCCUAAUUACAUCAUUCAAAAUCAAGCCAUGAUCAUAUUUUAUUUUGGUCAAAUCAGUGUAAUCUAGAGGCCUUUGCCUUUCAUAUAAGCCACUUCUGAUACCAAAUGAUCAACUAGAAGUCAAGAUAUUAUUUGCUCUUCCCAAAACUUGGAUAAGCCACAAGAUUUUUGUCAGGUUGUGUAUUUGUGUUGGGCAAAGUUUAAUCAUAUCCAAAAUAAAAGUUUGUUUUGACUUAAGUGUGUGUACAUUUAUAAUUUAUAUAUAAACGUAUGCAUAUGUUUGAGAACAUGUUUUUUAUUUAGAUAUAAUACACAGUUGAAGUCAGAAUUAUUAGCCCCCCUUUGAAUUAUUUUUUCUAUUUUAAAUAUUUCCCAAAUUAUGUUUCACAGAGCAAAGAAAUUUUCACAGUAUGUCUGAUAAUAUUUUUUCUUCUGGAGAAAGUCUUAUUUCUUUUAUUUCGGCUAGAAUAAAAGCAGUUUUUAAUUUUUUAUGAACCAUUUUAAGGUCAAUAUUAUUCGCCCCUUUAAGCAAAUUUUUUUUUCGAUAGUCUCCAGAACAAACCAUCAUUAUACAAUAACUUGCCUAAUUACCCUAACCUGCCAAGUUAACCCAGUUAAGCCUUUAAAUGUCCCUUUAAGCUGUAUAAAAGUGUCUUGAAGAAUAUCUAGUCUAAUAUUAUUUACUUUCAUCAUGGCAAAGAUAAAAUAAAUCAGUUAUUAGAAAUGAGUUAUUAAAACUAUUAUGAUUAGAAAUGUGUUGAACGU